CCCCGGGGAUGAAGCGGAGCCCGGGCGGGUGCGAGCAGCAGCAGCAGCAGGAGGAGGAGGAGGCUGCGCGCUGCUGCCUGCUGGACGCGGUGCUCAGCUCCCUGUAUGAUCUCGGAGAAGAGCCGUUAGUUAAAAAUGAAAAGAAAAAGAUCCAAAAGAAAAAUGUGGAGAACAAGAUGGGGUCAGAACCUUCCAGAACAGUAAUGGAAGAUAGAGAUGCGUGCCCUGAUUCAGCAAUCUCUGGCAAAAGGAAAAGUGCUUCCAGUUUCUUUGAAAAACUGAAAAAUGAGAUGCAUCAUGACUCUGUUGAUUCAAAACGAGCCACCCCAGAAACCAGGGCUUCUAAUGCUGUGUCACCCGAAUCUACGCAACAGGGAAAGACAACAGAGGUGGAAGUUGUGACAUUUCGUGGUCGGAAUAAAAAGAAGAAACCUAAAGUGGAACUCACUCAGGACAGUGUUUCAAAGACAAAGAUGGCUAUUCCAGAGAAAAAUGUGGAUGGACAAGAAUUUAAUUUAGAAAAGGCCCGUCUGGAAGUACACAGGUUUGGAAUCACUGGCUAUGAAAAGAAAGAACAGCGGAUAUUGGAACAAGAACGUGCCAUCAUGCUGGGAGCCAAGCCUCCCAAAAAGGAAUAUUUGAACUACAAGAUUUAUCAACAGAAAAUUAAAGAGAAGAAAACAGUGAAGAAAGAAGAUCAUAGUAUGGAAUAUAAAUCUGAUUCUAUCAAGAAAAAGAAGAAAAAAGGUCAGGAGCGGAGGAAAUCCAAAAAGAAAAAAUCAGCAGUCAGUGUUUUGCCAACAGGACAGGUUGGAAAAUUUACAAAUGGGACAUUGAUUCUUAGAGGUAGUGACCUAAAGAAAAUUAAAUCAUCAAAAGCAGUUAAAUGAAGUUGUUACACCACAUCAAAACAGAAAGUGAAAAAUGAGCUAGAAUUAAUAUCCUAACUGAAAAAUGUCUACAUAGCCAAUGUUUCUUUGCUGUAUUUUAAUACCUGUCGCAAUACCUUGGGGGUUUUUUUAACCUCAACAUCACCGAGUUUCCACUCUGGGGAGAACAUAAAAUGCAUUGUUACAUCAUAAAUUCUGAGUA